AUGCCCGCUGUCGACACGAUGACUUCCACUCCCGAGACCUCAAAAAAGGAGACGAAGCACUCUGUCGCCACCCUCGAGCAACUGCUACAAAAAUUGUCCAUUUCAAAGGCCCAAGAUGAGGCCAACGCAGCCGCCAUCAACAUUGCCACCCUCUUGAACGGCCCCAUCGAAGAGCACGCAGUGCCUCUCAAGGCUGUCGAAACUUUCAAGAAGCAACUGGCCAACAAGAAAGAUGCUCUUGUUAGAGAGCGUGCCGUCGAUGGCAUCAAGGCUAUCGCCGAGCACUCCAGCAUUUCCCCCUGUUUUGAGCCCUACCUAGUCAGCCUCCUCCCGCUGACUCUGGCUGCGGUUGGUGACAAGAUGGUUUCUGUCAAGAACGUUGCGCAGGCCGCAUCUCUUGCCAUUGUCAAAGCCAUCAACCCCAACGCCGUCAAGGCCGCCCUCCCCCACAUUCGAAACUCGAUCAUUACCGCCCAGAAAUGGCCCGAAAAGAUGACCGGUCUCGACUGCAUCGAGGCCCUCGUCGAAACUGCUCCGACCCAGCUCUCUUUCCUGGUCCCUACGCUCAUUCCCAUCAUCUCUGAGUCGAUGUGGGACACCAAGCCCGAAAUCAAGAAGAAGGCAUAUGGCACAAUGGAAAAAGUCUGCAAGUUGAUUGAAAACAAGGAUAUCGAGAGAUUCAUUCCCGAGCUUAUCAAGUGUAUCGCUAAGCCCGAGAACGUCCCCGAGACUAUUCACUUGCUCGGUGCCACCACUUUCGUCACCGACGUCCAUGAGCCCACUCUGGCCAUCAUGGUCCCUCUGCUUGAGCGUGGUUUGGCCGAGCGUGAGACUGCCAUCAAGCGAAAGUCUGCCGUCAUCGUCGACAACAUGUGCAAGCUGGUCGAGGAUCCUCAGAUUGUCGCCGCUUUCUUGCCCAAGCUGAUGCCUGCUCUGACCAAGAACUUCGAGAACGUGGCUGAUCCCGAGGCUCGUGAGAAGACCAAGCAAGGUCUGGAAACCCUCAAGCGUGUCGGUGCAGUCAAAGAGGACGGCACCGCCCCCCAAGUUUCUACUGCUGGCGAAAUUUCCACCGUCUCAGCCAUCCUGAAGUCUCUUCUUGACCAGAGCCACAAGGGCACUAGCUCAAAGUCCGAGCCCGUCAUCGAGUACGUUUCUGCUAUUGCAGGUCAACUUGUCGACGAGAAGGUCACCGACACUGCCGACUGGGUUUCCAACACCGUCGAAUACCUCAAGACUAUCGUCGGCGAGGCUAAUGCACAAUCUGUUGCUGAGCAACUUCGGAAACGCGCCUCCCCCGGCGCCGAGGAAGAGGUCGAGGAAGAGGCCGAUGAGGAAGAGGGCGAGGAUCUCUGCAACUGCACGUUCAACUUGGCCUACGGUGCUAAGAUUUUGCUCAACCAGACCCAUCUCCGUUUGAAGCGUGGUCAGCGCUACGGUUUGUUGGGUCCCAACGGUUCUGGCAAGUCUACUUUGAUGCGCGCCAUCAACAACGAGCAGGUCGAGGGCUUCCCCAAGAAAAACGAGGUUAAGACUGUCUUUGUUGAGCACGAUCUUGACGCCGCCGACACUGAGCUCUCCGUCAUCGGCUGGACCGAGAUGAAGUUGAGACAGGUUAACAUUGACACCCCUUAUUCUGAAAUCGAAGCCAAGCUCCUUGAAUUCGGCUUCCUCCAGUCCCAGCUGGAAUCCCCGAUCACGUCUCUCUCCGGUGGUUGGAAGAUGAAGCUCGCUUUGGCCCGUGCGGUCUUCGAGGAACCUGAUAUCCUGCUGCUCGACGAGCCUACCAACCAUCUGGAUGUCAAGAACGUGGCUUGGCUGGAGCAAUACCUGAUCAACUCACCUUGCACGUCCAUUAUUGUUUCCCACGACUCCAAGUUCUUGAACAACGUCAUUCAGCACGUCAUUCACUAUGAGCGCUUCAAGCUGCGCAGAUACCGUGGUAACCUGACCGAGUUCGCCAGGCGCGUGCCAUCUGCCCGUUCUUACUUCGAGCUCGGUGCCUCUGAGCUGGAAUUCAAAUUCCCUGAGCCCGGUUUCCUCGAAGGUGUCAAGACCAAGGCCAAGGCUAUUGUUCGAGUCAGCAAGAUGGCCUUCCAAUACCCAGGCACCGAGAAGCCUCAGAUCUCAGACAUCACGUUCCAGGUUUCCCUCGGUUCUCGAAUUGCCGUCAUUGGCCCCAAUGGUGCUGGCAAGUCCACGCUUGUCAACGUUCUCACUGGUGAACUUAUCCCUACCUCUGGUGAAGUCUACCAGCACGAGAACAUCCGUAUCGCCUACAUCAAGCAACACGCUUUCGCUCACAUCGAUAACCACCUCGACAAGACUCCAUCUGAAUACAUUCAGUGGCGAUUCCAGACCGGUGAGGACCGUGAGACUAUGGACCGUGCAAACAAGAUUGUCACCGAAGAUGACGAGAAAGCCAUGGACAAGAUCUACAAGAUCGAAGGCACUCAACGUCGUGUUAUUGGCAUCCACUCCCGUAGAAAGUUCAAGAACUCGUACGAGUACGAGUGCUCCUUUGCUCUGGGUGAAAAUGUCGGUCAGAAGAACGAGAAGUGGACUCCCAUGAUGACUGCCGAUAACGUCUGGAUUCCUCGAUCCGAGAUCCUUGCUUCCCAUCAGAAAAUGGUCGCUGAAGUCGAUCAGAAGGAGGCUUUGGCCAGCGGUCAAUUCCGACCCUUGAUUCGACGUGAAAUCGAGGUGCACUGUGCCAACUUCGGUCUCGAUGCCGAACUGGUUUCUCACUCUCGCAUGCGCGGUCUCUCUGGCGGUCAGCGUGUCAAGGUUGUGCUCGCUGCAUGCACAUGGCAACGCCCUCACUUGAUCGUGCUCGACGAGCCCACCAACUAUCUUGACCGUGAUUCGCUGGGCGCCCUCUCCAAGGCUCUCAAGGCAUUCGAGGGUGGUGUUGUCAUCAUCUCCCACAACGCCGAGUUUACGGAGAGCUUGACGAGUGAAGUGUGGUCCGUUUUGAACGGAAAGAUGACUCCUUCAGGUCACAACUGGGUUCAAGGCCAGGGCAGUGGUCCUCGUCUGACCGAAAAGGACGAUGAGGAGGAAAAGUUCGAUGCCAUGGGCAACAAGAUUGAAGGCAACAAGAAAGCGAAGAAGCUGACUUCUUCUGAGCUGAGAAAGAAGAAGAAGGACAGAAUGGCCCGCCGCAAGAGGGGCGAGGAGGUCUUCUCCGAUGAAGACGACUAG